CCAGUAAAAACACGCACCGCAAUAUACAUCACCCAAGGCUAGCCGUCUUGUGACUUAUCAGCCGUUUGGCGUACAGAUUUCGCAUACGCGUCAUGCCCUUGUUGUGUGUGAGUGUGUGUGUUGGUGCCGUAUCGUAAACAGUGUCCAUCUGACCGGCCCCUAAGCUUCGUACAAACGGCCUGUACAGCCCAGUGUAGCAAGUGCCAGUGCCGGUGAACGGUGCCAGUGUCGUCUAUUGCCCAGGAACACCACACUACAAAGUGCGAACUCAUCAUGUACGCUUCGGUAGAAACGGGUGGUGAUAAUGGUACCGCGGACCAUGUGCGUGUGGUCGAUUUUCGCUCUGACACGAUCAGCGUGCCGACACCGAGCAUGCGCCAAGCCAUGUUCACCGCCGUGGUGGGCGACGACGUGUAUGGGGAGGAUCCGACCGUGCGCCAGCUGGAGCAACGAUCGGCCGCCCUGUUCGGCAAGGAGGCGGCACUGUUUGUGCCGUCCGGCACGAUGGCCAAUCUGUUGGCGAUGAUGGUUCACUGCUCGCGCCGCGGCACGGAAGCCAUCGUGGGCGAUAUCGCGCACGGGUUUCUCUACGAGCAGGGCGGCGCGGCACAGAUCGCGGGCGUGCUGCUGAACACGAUCAAAAACAACCCCGACGGGACGUUCUGUUUGAACGAGCUAGUGCGCAAGUUCCGCGGCUUUGACGUUCACGAGCCGAACACGGUGCUGGUGAUGGUGGAGAAUACGCACAACAUAUGCGGAGGCAAGGUGCUUCCGUUGGAUUGGCUCGAGAAGCUCGCCGCGAUCUGUCGCGAGAAGGGUGCCAAGGUGCACAUGGAUGGGGCCCGCGUAUUUAAUGCCGCCAGCUACCUGAACUUGCCCGUUUCGCGCAUCGUGCGGGACGUUGAUUCGGUGUGUUUCUGCCUGAGCAAGGGACUGGCCUGUCCCGUUGGAUCCAUCCUGCUCGGAACGAAGGAGUUUAUCAAGGAGGCACAUCGUUUGCGGAAAGCUUUGGGUGGUGGAAUGCGCCAGGUUGGAUUUCUGGCUGCCGCUGGACUGUGUGCGUUGGAUGAGAUCGUUCCCAAGCUGAAGGAUGACCAUGCCCGCACGAGACGGGUCGCGGAAGCCAUCGAUCAGAUGGGUAGUCCUAUAUUCAAGGUAGAUUUGGCAAAUCUGCACACCAACAUCCUGAUGGUGGAGAUCCUGAGUAAGCAGGUACACUCGAGCGAUUUCGCCCAUCGGUUGGCCACCGUGGCACCGGGCGAAAUGGAAGCGGGUGUGGUCGAUGCGGAUGGCAAGGGCAUUGCGGUGAAGGUGAGUGCACGCGAUUGGACGUUCGCGCGCAUCGUCAUCUACACCAACAUUACGGAUGAGGACGUCGAGUUGGCUAUCAAAAAGAUUCGCUAUGUCGUGGCAGAAUAUGAAAAAGAGUUGUAAAAGCAGUGAUGUAGACUGUUGACGGUGUUCAUGUUUAGAGCGAUGGGAAAAUAAAUUUGCAAAUAGGAACGCUAA